UGAACCGUGUGCAUUUCCAAAUGCAUUUCAUUGCAGAUUUUUCAGGAUUAACUUUUCACAAUACCUCCUUCGGUUCCAUUGAGGAUGUAUUUAUGAGCUGGGUUCAUCAUUUUCCUUUUUAGAUUCCGGAGCACCUCUUCAGCAAUUGCAUCUUGUAAUAUUAUUAAUUGGCUGUGGUUCAAAAGCCUGUGUAAGCUCGUCACAUUAAGUUGGAACAGCUCAAUUAUUCAACUUCAACUCUGAACUACAUAUCUACAAGCACAGAAGAAUAGUUGGAUGUAAUUCAUGCUUUUAAUUUCAGUUUUAAUGAUUUCUCCAAUGGAUAUCAUUCUGAACUUGAUAACACCUGACUGCUCUCCGUCCAACUCUCCAACCAAUACUAUUGAGAGGCUGGAUGGCAGUCUCACUCAAGCUGCGCUGUCUGGAUCGUUUGAGGAUGAUGGAUCAUUGGUGGGGUCAGAGGAAGGCAAUCUCGAUCCCCAGCGCACACAGCAGGCGAUUGCGCAACUGCAGCAGAAGAUUUUGAAACUAAAGGAGCAGCUGCGCAUCGAGCAGGCAGCUCGUGAUGACAACGUGGCCGAAUACCUCAAACUAGCCGGCAGUGCCAAUGACAAGCAGCAUAGCAUCCGUAUUAAACAGGUAUUUGAGAAGAAGAACCAGAAAUCCGCAGCCAACAUCGCUCAGCUGCAGCGCAAGCUAGAACACUACCAUAGGCGUCUGCGUGAUGCUGAGCACAGCGGUGUUCAGAGGCAGCCCAAAGAUGUUUUGCGGGAUAUGCAGCAAGGUCUACGAGAUGUGGGGUCCAGAGUCAUAACUGGCAUCAGCGAAGGAGUCGUAGAUAGUUUUAAAGGUGGACUGUCAAGUUUUACUCAUGCCACACAUUCUGCCGCUGGUGCUGUGGCCUCCAAACCUCGUGAGAUCGCCUCAUUAAUUCGCCACAAGUUCGGAAGUGCUGACAACAUAAAUAUUCUAAAGCAUGGCAUGGAGGAUGUUGAUAAUGGCAUUACCACCGCAGCGUGCUCACUGGGAUCAGCUGGUUGUCAGCUGCAGUCGAGCAUAAAGUUUGGAAGUGAUGAGGAUUGUUCAAGUGCUACCUCUGGAUCGAUGGGAGCCAACAGCGUGAUGGGGGCUCCUGGAGGCCCACCCAGCUCAAGGUGGAACUCGUUGGAGAGGGCACACAGUGGCUGUUUGAACACUUUUAUCAAGGAGGUGGAGGAUCUGCGCCGUGCACAGGCAAGGCUAGAAGAGACAGUAGAAAAUCUGAAGGGCAGUUGUCUUAAAGAGUGUACGCUCCUGAUGCAGGCAUUGCAGGAGGAGAGGUUUAGGUGUGAGCGUUUAGAGGAACAGCUUAAUGACCUUAGUGAACUUCAUCAGAAUGAGAUCUUGAACCUGAAGCAGGUCCUGGGCAGUGUGGAGGAGAAGAUUGCAUAUCAGUCCAAUGAGAGGAUCCAUGACAUACAGGAGGCUCUGGAGGCUUGUCAGACACGCAUUUCGAAGAUGGAGCUCCAGCAGGUGGUGCAGUUGGAGGGUUUGGAGAAUACUACAGCACGCACUCUGCUCGGCAAAGUUAUUAAUGUACUGGUGGCUGUCAUGGCUGUCGUGCUUGUCUUUGUGUCCACUGUCGCCAACUGUGUCAUCCCACUGAUGAAGACCCAAAUCCGCUCUGUUUCCUCACUGCUACUCUUUUUUCUCUUUACUGUUCUUUGGAGGAACUGGGACAACUUUUCAUCACACAUCUACCAUAUUCUGCACACUCCUUAAUGACCAGCCAAGCUCUGAUGUAUAGUGACCAUUUUCUUCUAGUUCGAUGUUACAUAAAAACUGCUGUACAGCUGUCAAGAAAGUUUGCUCACACUGGGCCUCAUUUAUGAAACAUUCGUAAACAAACCAUCCUAAAACUCUCCUCUGGAUUCACAAAUACUUUGUAAACGUCAGAUUUAAUAGUUAGUUAAAUACGUGUAUGUUAAUGAAUUGCAGUCAUUCUGAAAAAAGGGAGAACAUGCAUGUUCAUUCAAAAUUAGCAUAAUCCAUAAAAUAGCUUAACAUGAAUUAUAACUAUGCAAAAUAUGUAUCUAGCAAUGCUGUCAAAUAUUCUGAACGCCAUUCUCAGAGUUGGUAAAUUAUCGAUGCAUAAGGGACUAAUAGUGUAUAUGCCUAACAAUAAAUUAAUAAAAGAACGUGUCGACCGAAGUGUUUCAUCCUGCUGAAAUAAUGCCUGGUGCUCUUCUGAAAACAACCAGCUUGUGUCUCUUGACAGGGCUUUGCAGGCACUGACUCUUGUCCUGCCGCUCCUCCACUAUGAUUGGACGGCUGUGUAUGGACGAACUCUCCAUUUUAUUUUUAAAUAAAAAGAAGACAGGCCAAAAGAUCUUGUGAAAUAUCAUUAUGACACGUAGUGCAUCAAAAUACAGCGUCAUCAGUUUGUCUAAAAGAAUAGCCUACCCACAUCUCGCAUUGACCUCUGGCUUAUUAUUAAGGAGCUGCAUAACGUUUCAAUAUUAUACCUUCACCUUUGUCUGAUCACAAAUGUCAGAUAUUUGUAAUGCUUUUUGUAAAUGAUGUAACUUUGUAUAAAACCCCGUCUUCUCAAAACUUAAUAACCUCAUUCUCGUCUAAGGAAGAUUGUCUUAAAGACAAUGUCAGUGACAUUAUAACAAAGUUUUGGGUAAAACUAGGGCAGUAAUUGUCAACUAAAUAUGAAGUUAGUAAAUAUUUGCUUACAUUUAAUAGCAACAUAGCUAGAAAUAAAAAUCUAAUGAAAGUGAUGUUAUUUAGCAGAUUUGGAGGAUAUCACUAAUAAUAAAAGGCUGAACUGCAACAUCAAUGAAAUAAUAUAUAAAUAUAAAGAGUCUAUAUUCGUUCACGGAGAAAAUAGAUUGAAGAAGGUGAGCAAAGCUCUGUUUACUUUUUUAGAUUAGAAAAAGAGCAAGCCAAAUGCAUAGAUGAGCAACACACAAAUAAAUGUACUGUGUAAAAGUAUGUUACAAUAAGUAUAUCUAUUAAAUGAUGAUUAACACAGAAGUACUUUGGGAUGAUUUUGAGUGUUUUAGAGCAUUUUUUGAGUAUAUUAUAGAAUCCAGUGAUGUCUAAGGACCUGUGAGGCCUUAAGGCUAUGAGGCCUAAAGUAAGCCAUUCUGUUGCAUAUGUGAAGCCAGUGCACUUUUCCACAGUUUAUGGAACUCAAUGACCCAGUAACAUGGGGAAAAACAUGUUUUUCUACGCCUGGCUGGUACAGCGACCAAAUUUAGGCAGUUUCCACCCCGUUACGAUGACUACAAUCUUAUAUCCUGAUACAGCACAAUGAGCAAGGCCACAAGUUUGACCACAGUUAAAGAUGAGAGAAAGAGGUGAAGAAAAUAAGUAUGUAAAGAUAUGCAACAAAUUAAAAAGAUUGGUUUAUCGUUAUUAGAAAUGUAUCAUGUUGCUAUACUAUAUACAGUACUAUAUAUUUGUAUUCUUUAUCAAUGUAUGUGUUCAGUCAUUUGAUUUUAUUGUACUGCAGUUUUUUAGUAAUUUAGAAAUUAAACAAACAAAAAAUAACGAAAUAAAUGAAAAAACAUGGCAAGUCACACAUAGGAGUGAUUAAGUUUAUGCGCAAUUCUCCGGUUGUCCUCCAGGUGAUUCUGUAUUACAUUAUAAUUUCAAAUUUCGUCCACACUGGACGCGGCGAUAAAGAACAAGCAGGUUGUCAUGUUGCGUCGCGGCUGGUGUAGACACGGUGUUACGACGACUACUCCAGACUUAGAGCACCCGUAGAUAUACUACGAUAUUCAAUAGCUACUUAAUAAGUACGAUUGGUUUUAUGACGCACUUAGCCUUACGAUGCUUUUGGGAAACGCAGCCCUGUUUAAACUGGAAAAUGAUAUGGUCCAUGCAAAAUAAUAUCUCCUCUCAAACAAGUCAAAGAAAUAUAUUUAAACUAUUCCGUAAUAUAUACCCUACCAAAAUGUUUCUAAAGAAAACAUUUGGAACCUGUUUAUACACCGAAUGCAUUUUUUGUCAUAAUGACACUUAUUCGUUUAUUUUGGUCGUGCAACUGACCAACGCAAUGCAGGAAAGCAAAUACAAUUAUGUUUUCAUCUAACACGAAAGCACAAUGAACUUUUGCACAGCUUUUAAACUUUUCAAUUUAUUUCAUUUGUAAUAUGUUUGUUUUUUGUGUGUGUUAUCCCCUCUCCCGUUUUUAUUCAUUUAUUUAUUUAUGGUGAGGGGGUUAUCUUGUUUUGUUUUGUUUUUUUGGUAAUGUUUUUUCUUUUCUCUCUUUUCAUUAAUCUUACUUUUCUUAAUGUAAUGCUAUGUUUAUGUUGUAACACUGUAUUGUUAUAACAAAAUGUUCAAUAAGACAUUUAAAAAAAAUCGUUCUGCAAGAGUUUCACGAAUGAGGCCCAUUGAUUGCAUUUGGAACACUG